GCUACCUUAGCAGCAAAAUAUUUUUAUCUAAUAUCAUCUUUAAUGCAAUCUGGGUCCCAAAAUGCUUUCUGAAAAUAUUUAACACAAGACAGCUUAUGGCAUACAGAACAGAGUACAGUGCUGAAUAAACACUGUAUGGCAAACAACAGAAAGCAUUCAGUCAGGAGACCAGCUGAGGGUCCUAUUGAAUUCUGCAUAAGUCAUGGUGAACACUGAAUCUGUUACUUGCCAAGGACAACUCGAACAAGUUAUAUGACUCUUCUUGCAUUGAUACUGUGCGUGUAUUAUGGCUUAGAUGAAUAGAUCCAUUGCACCUACAGCUUUUGCGUCAUGGAGAGGAAUACUGAGAAUAGACUUUCAUUUUAUUGUAAGCUGCCAUUAUUCCAUUAACCUAUGCUCAUUACACGGUCUAGGUUGGCUGCCACUGUACAACCUGAUGUUACAAAGAACAAAGGUGAAUUCUAUUCUCAGAAUUAUUCCAAUCACCAACUGGAGGGAGAGAACUUAGAUGCUGCACAUCAGUUUCCAACCAUUCGGCGCCAUCAUGAUUUCGAUGCAGAACGGGAUGCCAAGAAACUACAAAAAGCUUGCAAAGGGAUGGGAACAGAUGAAACGGCAAUUAUUGAAAUCCUAUCAAAUCGAUCAUCAGACCAGAGGCAACAAGUGAAACAGAAGUACAAGACCAUGUAUGGCAAGGAUUUGGAAGAGGUACUGAAAGGAGAACUAAGUGGGAAUUUUGAAAAGACAGCCUUGGCUCUAUUGGAUCGUCCAUGUGAAUAUGAUGCCAGAGAGCUUCGGAAAGCAAUGAAAGGUGCAGGAACAGAUGAAUCGGUGCUGAUUGAGAUUCUUUGCACCAGGGUCAAUAAGCAAAUUGUAGACAUAAAGGAAGCAUACAAAAGACUUUUUGAGCGGGAUCUAGAAUCUGAUGUAAAAAGCGACACAAGUGGCUCCCUAAGGAAGAUUCUGGUUUCUGUGCUACAGGCUAACCGAGAUGAAGGGCUGGAGAUCGAUGCAGAGCUCGCUGGGCAAGAUGCCAAAGACCUGUAUGAAGCAGGGGAAGGCUGCUGGGGAACAGACGAAUUGGUUUUCAAUGUUGUCUUAGCAAAGAGAAACUACAUGCAGCUAAGAGCUACCUUUCAAGCUUAUGAAAAGCUGAAGGGGAAAGACAUUGAAGAUGCCAUUAAAAGUGAAACAUCUGGAGAUUUGGAGAAGGCCUUUCUCACUCUUGUGAGAUGUGCCAGAGAUUGCCAAGGCUACUUUGCCACCCGUCUGCAUGAGGCAAUGAAGGGCGCAGGGACAGAGGAAGAGACUUUGAUUCGCAUCCUCGUGACUCGGGCUGAGAUUGACCUUCAAACAAUAAAGGAGAAGUUCCAGAAAAUGUACAACAAGUCCUUAGUGGAGGCCAUCAAAUCAGACACCUCUGGGGACUUCAGAAAGCUGCUAGUGGCACUGCUACACUAAGACUGCUGUCACAAAGGGAGAGACAUGAGAAGAAGCCACUUUCUUGACCAGGUUCCAAGUAGCAUGCAAAAAAUGUGGCACUAGCAAUAAAAAAACCCCAACAGAUUAGUUUCUUUACAACAGGGGAACAUGUUACCAGUUAAUCCUUGUGUUACCUGGAUGUGAGGUUCAGGCAAAGUCUAUCACAGCAAAUGUUCUCAUGCAAUAAAAAUGUUUUAAAAAACUAAA